AUUUCUUUCAUUCCCUUUUCCUUCUUCUCUUUAAUUCUUUCCUUUUAUGUUCUAAAUUGAAGAAAAAUGAAAUCUUCCUAAAGUUUUCUUAUCUGGGUGGUUGAGCACAUGCACUUCAUUUCAUGUUCAUACUGUUUUUCAACUUGCCCACCUUUUAAAUUUUGUAUUUUUUCAUAAUUCCUUUAAUUGAAGUUAGUUUUUUCAAGAAAGUUUUGAGAUUUUGAUUAUUGGAUAAGCAGUUAAAGUUUCCUUUUUUAUGCAUAUAGAUAUGCUUGUUUUUAAAUAAUGGCGCCUUAGUAUUUUUGACAUUAGUUGUUUGUAGAUCUGUUUUUGUUCUUUUUCUUUCUAGUGUUUUCUAGGAACCAUGCUUUUGUGGCUUAAUUGAAAAGAAAAAGGAAGUGAAUAAGGAGAUUGUAGGCACUUCCUAAAAUGUUUUCAGACAAUUUAAAAAAGUUGCCUGAAUAUGUGACCCUUAAAGGUCCUAGCGGAGUUAUGUGGAAUGUAGGGCUGACAACUAGAGAUGAUACCUUGUACUUCACGAACGGUUGGCAAGAAUUCAUGAAAGACCACUCUUUGAAAGAGAAUGAUUUCCUUGUCUUUAAGUACAAUGGUGAAUCACUUUUUGAGGUUUUCAUCUUUGAUGGAGAAAGUAAUUGUGAGAAGGCAGCUUCUUAUUUUGUUGGAAAAUGUGGAGAUGCUCAAACUGAACAAGGGGGUAACGAGGCAAAGGACACAAAAAACUCUGUUGAAGAAUUUAAUACUGCUUCGGAUGGUGGUGUUGAAUGUGGUUCACCUGAGAAAUUUCAGCAUCUUAAUAGUGGGAAUGUUCAUACCGAACAAGGGGGUUGCGAGGGAAAGGACACAAACAAUUGUGUUGAAGAAGUCGACGCUGCUUCUAAUGGUGGUGUCGAAUGUUGUACACCUCUGAAAUUUCGGUCUGUUAACAGUAUAAGAACGCCAUUAGUUGCACCUUCUAAAACUAGCAAUGAGAAGACUCUUAAUGCUGGUGUUGAAUCUGCUUCCCCUGAACAGUUCAUGGCUGAUGCAGUAACUAAGACCGCACCUGUAGUGUUUCACUUCCAUCGAACCGGAAAAAGGACCAAGAGGCCUUUUAAUGAAGUUAUGUCUACCCCGAGUAAGAGGAGAAAAGGAUCACCAAAAGCAGCUAAUUCUUGGCAGAGAGGACUAGAUUGGCUGGCUUGUAACAAGGAACACUCAGAAGCAGACAUCCUGUAUAGAAAUGGGAAGGAAGAUGACCAUUAUAUUCUCAGUGGAGCUUCACUCUCAACGCUAUCGGCACGUGAGGAGAAAAAGAUAGCCCAAUCAUUUACCUCCUCUUUUCCAUAUUUUGUCAAAAUAAUCAAAACGUUCAAUGUCAGUGGGUCACAAAUUCUGAAUAUACCUUAUGAAUUUUCGAUGGCACAUCUUCCAAACUGCAACAUAAAGAUUAUUCUUCAUAAUUUGAAGGGAGAACAUUGGACUGUUAAUUCUGUUACUAGAACUAGAGUACAUACAAAUCACACUCUAUGUGGAGGAUGGUUGGAUUUUGUUCGGGAUAAUGGCAUAAAGGUUGGAGAUGUCUGCAUUUUCGAACUUAUACGUGAGUGUGAAUUACGUGUUCAUAUCGCUGAGGUUGGAAAAGAUGGGCUCUCCCAGAUUGAAAAACUAGCUUCUAGCAUGCUUAGUGCUAGAUGUGACGUCGCUUGCCGUAAGACUUCCAGAUAUAUGCCAAAGAAUCCUAAAACCAACUCAAUGUGCAGAAACAAAGUUGAUAAAGUUGAUCUAUCAAAUAAAAAGUUGUCAAAGAUUGGUCAAGGAGCUGCUUUAUCCAUCUUAAAGAAAUACGGUAGAGCUUCAAAUACUUCGAAGAAGAUGGGGAUUUGCCCCAAGUCGAAAGCAGUUCAUAAAAAGUUGGCUUUACGGAGGAAACAUCGUGUUGAAAAAGAUCAAAGCUCGCAGGCUAAUGCUGGUGUGAGAAAGUUGUGUGCACUCAACGAACAAAGGGUAGCUGAAGCUUUUGGUUCUCCAUUUCCUAAUUUUGUGAAAGUCAUGAAGAACUUCAAUAUCAGUGGAUCAUACACUUUGAAAAUACCAAAUUGGUUCUCUGUUGCACAUCUUCCUGGCUGCAAAACAGAAGUUACGCUCCGCAAUUCAAGAGGCGAAUGUUGGACUGUGAACUCUGUCCCAGAUGCUAAAUUGAGAAAAAAUUACACCCUUUGUGGGGGUUGGAACACUUUUGUUCGUGAUAAUGACAUAAAUAUUGGCGACACGUGCAUAUUUGAGCUCGUUUCUCAUUAUGUGAUGCAGGUUCAUAAAUGGGAAUGUGAAACUUAAUAGCUAGCUACUGUUCUAUCUACCUGUUAACAUUCAUGUUUGUGAGACAGAUAAAUCAAUCUUCAAUGAAGAUUUUUUGUGGUAAUAGUUGCAAAGGACUUUAUGUCAUUAAAUUCAUGUUGUCUCUUCGUAUAUGUUUUACACAUCCCCAUUCAAGAUCAUAAAAUGUAUUAAUUAUCUAUUAUGCUUUUUAGUUCA